UGUCUACAUUGUAUGGGCUACUAAUAUAACACCAAUAGAGACAGAUGCUUAUCAACCGCAAUAUAAACGGUGGUCCCAGGCCACCGGAGUCAGAUCCAGCUGUGCCGCCAGGAUGCUAACAUUCAGCCUGGUGAUUGUUAUUUUCCUCUGUGUGACGUCACAUAGCUAUGGCAACCUACUUGUCAACAGCGAUCUGGAACAGGGUGACUUCAGCAAUACUAACAGUGGCUGGUUUGGGAGAAGCUGCACAACAUCACUCAGCUCGGUCAGCUACACGGGGAGCAGCAGCGCGAGAGUUUCCAACAGACAAGCAAGAUGGGCAGGACUCGCCCAGUACGUCAGUGUAGAGGAACAGAAACGGUACUUCUUCAGUGGCUACAUCCAGCUUCUCAACACAGCUGCAGGGAAGAUGACGGGGGAGGUUUCAGUGACGCUUAAUUACCGUAAUACUAUCACAGGUGCCAAGAAGUAUUUGCAUAUGUCUACUGUGAGGUUCUUGCAGCCAAACAUGUGGCAGAGGAUUGGCGGAGACAUCACCAUCCUCCCAGGCUACGACAAGUAUAUUCUGUACAUCCAGGUGUCCUCCCCCGAGGUUGACUACCUGCUGGACACAACAUCACUUACUGAGAUCCCGUCCUUGCCCAUAAACUUUGAGGCUGUCGCCAACGCCAGCAUUGACGCCAGUCGUAAAGCUGACAUCAACAUCGUUGCUACAUCCGGCAGAGUGGAAGGUGUCACCGUGGAGAUACAACAGCUUACGAGUGAGUUUGGUUUCGGCACCGCGGUAAGUGCUGAGAGAAUAGUGGACAGCAGCUACGCAGCCUAUCAGGACUUCUUCUAUGACAACUUUGAGUGGGCAACUAUUGAGAACAAGCUGAAGUGGUCGCAGACAGAGAAAAAUAAGGAUGUUUUAACCUACGACGAUGGGGUGACCGCUGUGAACGAGCUUGUUGAAAGAGGGGUAAAGGUGAGAGGCCACACAGUUUUCUGGGGUGUGCCAGACAAGGAUCCAGUCUGGGUUCAAUCUUUACAAGGUGAUGCUCUGAUACAAGCCAUGAUGAUGCGAGGGAAGAAUGUGACGUCGAGGACCCUCGGGAAGCUUGAACACUGGGACGUAAACAACGAAAACGUCCAUGGCAACUUCUACGAGGAGGCUACAGGGCACGUCAACAUCACAAUGGAUAUAUUCUCUGAAGUCCGUUCUAUGGAUCCCAAGCCUAAACUCUUCCUCAACGACUUUGCGAUAGUCAACUCAGGACGGUUUACCCAGGCAUAUCGAAAUCAAGCCAAGAUGUUCCGGGCUGAAACACCUAUAUAUGGUGUUGGGAUCCAAAGUCAUCUGACGCCUCCGCUUGAUCUGACACUAAUCAAGCACCGCCUGGACCAGAUUGUGGAGGUAGGGCUGCCCAUAUGGAUCACCGAGAUGGACAUUGACGAGCCUGAUCAGUACAAGAAGGCUGACCUCCUGGAGGACGUGCUGCGCCUAUACUUCAGCACCCCGGCCGUGCAGGGGGUCACACUGUGGGGCUUCUGGGACGGCAAGAUAUGGAAGACAGAUGCCGCUCUGGCUAACGGACCAACUGUCACGCCAAACGCAGCUGGACUGAGAUGGCAACAGCUGGUGAAGCAGGACUGGCGGACAUACGAAACGCAUUCCCUGGCAGAGAGAAGAGUCAGGACUCGUGGGUUCAAGGGAAACUACUCUCUUCGAGUCAAGAAGGAUGGGACAGUUGUUGAAGAGCAACAGUUCACACUGGGGUCCUGCGGAGCAGACAUAUCCCUGAACCUAUAGCUCGAUAGAAUUUCCUUUCCACUAUAGAAAACAUUUGCUCCAUAAUAGUAAAUUUCAUGUAAUUCUAUAAUGGCUUUAUCCCACUGUUCCAAAGGAAGUUGAAUACAAUGUAAACAGUUAAGAUACGAACUCUGAACAUUAAGAGUUCAUUUGAAGUUUAGAUUAUUCAUAAAAGCAUAAUAAUAAUAAUAUGAAAAACUCGUCCUCUCAGUUGUGUUAUAUCGUUUGCCAUCCACCCAGGAAGUUAACCUUGUCCCUCGUUAGAAGCGAGUUGUUGUGAUGCCAUUUAUUGUCCAAAACUAGCUUUCUCAAGAGAUAUCGUUUGAGUGAGAUACAGCGAUAUGACAAUAGCACAAUAAAUUUGCGGAACACUGUGACGUCAUCGCACACUA